UGUUGUGUUGGAGUUUCAACUUUGGACUCGAGCGGAGGAGCUGAGAAAUACACUGGAGAGUUUUUAGAAAGGUAGAAACGUUUCACCUCAAAAAAAGAACAAAGAUUGAAUAUUGUGGUUGGAUCCCAUCAUUUCUUGGAGGGGGGCUUCACCCAAACAGGAAAACCAUGGAGUUCUACCCAGAUCAGGGUUGUGACUGCACGGAGUUGCUUGACUGGCUGUUUGAUAAAAACGAUGGGAUUCUUCGUCACGAGGACACAGGAGCCCACAGCAACCAUCACAGCUGGUCGUUUCAGGAGCCAAAUAUGCUGCCGCCAGCUGAGCAGGCAGGGGAUGACUUUCUCAACGCCCUUCUGAGUGGAGGGGAUUCUGCAUCCACAUCGCCUCUGUGGUCCCCGUCUCCAAGCGACAGUGGGAUAAGUGAUGGUGCUCCAUCAGACCAGAUGGAUAGUCCUCAGCGCCCUGAAAGUCCUCCAGAUGGCCCCUGCUUCGGUCCAGGACAACAAACCAAGGCAGCGCUGGAGGCCAACGUCUCCUCUGAUCUCAGUGGCUGGGAGUUUGGCUUCCCAAUGACCAAGACCAGGAUAACACCAUAUCCUGCAGAUGUCCACAGACCUCAGCUGUCCUCUGGUUUCCCACUGACUGUCAAAGACCUGCUGCUGUCUGGUACACCGGAGCUGCCCCAGCAGCCGUCGCAGAAGUCCAUCCAGGAGCUGAUUCUCAACGAAGACGAGAAGAAGCUUCUAGCGAAGGAGGGGGUGACCCUGCCCAACCAGUUACCUCUGACCAAACAUGAAGAGAGGGUCCUGAAGAAAAUACGUAGAAAGAUUCGCAACAAGCAGUCGGCCCAGGAGAGCAGGAAGAAGAAGAAGGAGUACAUUGAUGGGCUGGAGACCCGAAUGAUUGCCUGUAAUACCCACAACCAGGAGCUUCAGAGAAAAGUAUCCCAGCUGGAGAAAUGCAACAUGUCAUUAAUGGAGCAGCUACGCAGGCUGCAAGCUAUGGUCAUGAAUUCAUCCAACAAGCCAGCUCAGACUGGAACAUGUGUGCUGGUGCUCGUGCUGUCCUUCUCUCUGAUCCUGUUUUCCAGCCUGGAGCCUUUCUCCAACACUCAGGUCAGCCAAGGAGACUUCGGUCCAGUCAGAAUCCAGUCACGGUCCCUGCAGAACCUCCAGGCUUCCCGCGUGCUGCAUGUCGUUGACUCRUCAUUCUACACCAAGGACAAAUCAGAGCCUCUGCACCAGCAUUUCCCCAAAGAGCAGGUGUUAGAAGACCUCGCUGCCCUGAUGGGCGAGCUGGCAGCAAAUGAAGAACAGAGCAGCUUGGAGCCCGUGUCUCUGAACAGCAGCCAGGAGGACGGAAUCAGCCAUUUCCAUGUAGACCCAAUAACAGGCUACAUAGCUACCAUGACUCUGAAUCCCCAUCGCCAUGCCAGACUCCGACCACACGCUGACGACAUGUAACAGAAACAAAGAUUUCAGCCCCACGUAUAUCUGUCAAAUCAUCAGAAUGUCAGGACCUGGUAUUUACACAUACAAGGAAAUGAUAUUCUGAUCAUUCCUGUGUUGCUUUUAUGAGAUAUUUGAUCUUUAUGCCUUUAUUGUUUUUUUAUAUUAGAAAAUGGAUUUUAAUCUCAUACAGAAAUGACUAAUAUUUGAGAAUUUCCAUCUUUUAUUAAAUUUUAUUGUAAAAUAGUUUCAGUUCAUCUAAAAUUGUGUAAACAGAGCUAUAUUAUUCUCCAGAUGUGUUGAUUCAAACCAGUAAUUUCAGACAUUUAAGGUUUUUUUCCAUUUUAAAACUGUUUUUUUUGUAAUAUUCAUAUUGAUUGCUCACUGUUUACCUUCAGUAGAAGAUAAAAUCCCAUUAACUGAAAAGUGGAUUUCAAAUUCUCUGUUAUUUUCUUUUCGACCUGUAAUUAUUAAAAAGCCACUCUAAACACA